AUGGAGCUGACCUAUCGGGACCUCGACGCGUCGGCGAAUUGGCUCGCGAGCAUCCUGCUGGAUCGUGGUGUCCAGUGCGGUGACUUGGUUGGUGUGGCACUGGAUCGCUCUAUCGACCUCGUCGUGGCGCUCGUCGCGGUUCUGAAGGCUGGCGCUGCGUACGUACCCAUCGACACCAGCCUUCCCAGGAAACGCAUUCGCCAGAUGAUGGUCGAUGCGUGCCCGAGUCUCGUCAUCGCCAGUCCCAGCAUGCUCGAUGCCAUGUCGGAGUGGAAAGAUAUGUGCCUGUGCAUGAAAGGGAUGCUGUCAAACAACGAGAAUGGUAACCUUGAUCGUAGCGACAAGAGGAGUCCCGCCAGAGUGUACGUACAACCGACGGAUCUCGCCUACGUCAUGUAUACAUCGGGCUCGACCGGCCGCCCUAAGGGAGUAGAGAUGAGUCAUGGAGCCCUGGCUAACAUCCUGCUAUCACUACAGCAUGAGCCGGGAUUUUGCGAGGCAGAUAGGCUCUUGGCCGUCACUACUAUCUCCUUCGAUAUGGCGUUCCUGGAGCUAUUCUUACCGCUCACCUCCGGUGCGACAGUAGUCGUAGCUCAGACUCAUCAAAUACGAGAUCCUCGGGAGCUGGUUGUGUUGAUGAAGCGUCACGCCAUCAACAUAAUGCAGGCUACCCCCGUCGCGUGGCAGAUGUUGCUGGACUCUGGCUGGCGCGGCGAACCACCCCUUACCAAGAUGCUCUCCGCUGGUGAGGCACUAUCAUGUCGCCUCGCAGACCGCCUGCUCGCCUGCGGUAAGAGACUAUGGAACCUAUAUGGAGCAACCGAGACGUCGUAUGCGAGCAGCUGGGAGGUAGAAAGGGUGCGAGAAAGGGAAGGCGUACUCAUCGGCAGAGCCACUGCCAAUGGUCGACUAUACGUACUUGACCAAGACAUGUCGCCAGUGCCUCUCGGCUGCACGGGAGAGCUGUACGUCGGCGGCGCCUGCGUUGCUCGCGGCUAUCGCAACAACCCGGAGCUCACAAGAACCCGCUUCCUCGACAACCCUUUCCACGAGGGUCGUCUCUACCGUACCGGAGACUUGGCCUGUUUCCCCGCGCCCGGCAAACUAAGCGUUCUCGGCCGCAUCGACAGCCAGGUCAAAAUCCGGGGUUUUAGGGUCGAGCCGGGCGAGGUAGAGGCGGCCAUCACGGACCACUGGUACGUUUCCGGUGCCGUUGUGGUGGGCCGUGAUGACCGUCUCGUCGCCUAUUGCGUGAGGGAUGCCAAAGUGCCCGUGGUGGAAGACGCUGCGCGGACCGUGCUUGAUGCUCUGCUGCGCCCUUGGCUGGCUGAGCGCUUGCCGCCAUACAUGGUGCCAGCAUUUUUCGUCGAACUGGACGAGCUACCAGUAACACUGAACGGUAAGAUCGACCGCAACGCUCUCCCGCCUCAGACAGCAGUAGCUGUGAAUAGGGAGGAAGGAGUUGCGGGUGCGCUGGCACCCAAAUGCAGCGAGCUGGAGAAUAGGAUUCUGGCGAUCUGGUCACGGGUUCUUGGCCAUGAAUGCAUCAGCAUCAAGGAUAACUUCUUCGAAGUCGGUGGCGACUCCGUGCGGGUACUAAGGGUCCAGAAAGAGCUGGAGGAGAUGCUUGACCGGCCAGUAUCGCCAGCCAUACUGUUUGAGCACUAUACUGUUAAAGCGCUGGCCGCCUAUCUGGCCACCACGGACAAGAAGCAGUUGGAGUCUGCCAAUGGGCACCACCACAGCACUAACAAUGCCAGCAAUGAGCAUAUUGCCAUAGUCUCAAUGGGAUGCCGGCUCCCUGGAGGCGUCACCACUCCCGAGGAAUUCUGGGAGCUGCUCGAAAGCGCUGGAAACCCAAUCACCUUGGUGCCGAAAGACCGCUGGGACGCAGACGCCCUAUAUGACACCGACCCUGCUGCUCUCGGAAAGUCAUACUGUCGCCGUGGUGGCUUCUUGUCCUCUAUCGACCCCCUUGACACGGCGUUCUUUGGAAUCUCGCCGCGGGAAGCACACGCCAUGGAUCCAGAGCAGCACUUGGUACUAGAGACAUGCUGGGAAGGGUUCGAGCGCGCGGGCUACACCAUGGAACAACUGCGCGGCAGUCACACUGGUGUCUUCAUCGGCACUAGCAGCAUCUCGGCACACCACAGGCUCGACCACACCGCUAUUCAGGACCUGACCCGUCUUGAUGGAUAUGCAGCGACGGGCUCAGCUGGCGGCACCCUAUCCGGUCGGGUUUCCUACGUUCUUGGGCUCGAAGGCCCGACCAUGACAAUAGACACAGCCUGUUCGUCGUCGCUCGUGGCAACGCAUCUAGCUUGUGCGGCGCUGCAACGGGGUGAGUGCGACAUGGCCAUAUCCGGUGCCGCGAGCCUGAUGCUCAGCCCGGCCCUCCACGUCGAGUUCAGCCGGCUUCAGGGCAUGGCACCGGAUGGCCAAUGCAGGGCGUUCGCAGCCAGCGCACAAGGGACAGGUUGGGGCGAGGGGGCUGCCGUCGUGGUCCUGAAGCGACUGUCCGAUGCUCAGCUUGACGGCGACCUGGUUCAUGCCGUUCUGCGCGGUACCGCCGUCAAUCAUUGUGGCCGUGGCGCUGGCCUGACGAUACCGAGCAGUUCUGCCCAACAGCGAGUUAUCCGUACGGCCUUGGAUACUGCGGAGCUACAGCCGAGAGGUAUCGAUUACGUCGAGGCUCACGGCACCGGCACCAAGCUCGGCGAUCCUAUCGAGGCCACGGCCCUGUCCGAGGUCUUUGGCAGCGGCCGUUAUGACGAGGAGCCGUUGUGGAUUGGCUCGGUCAAGUCCAACAUUGGGCACACCCAGGCCGCCGCCGGUCUUGUUGGCUUGUUGAAGGUGAUACUGGCCAUGCGGCAUGAGACUCUACCUCGGACACUCCAUGCAUCGGAGCCGACUCGAGCCGUUGACUGGAAGAAAGCCAACAUGGCGUUGGUGCAGGAGAAGCGUCCGUGGCCCAGGCGGGGUCGGACACGCAGGGCAGGGGUCAGCGCCUUUGGCAUUGGCGGGACGAAUGCACAUGCAAUAGUCGAGGACCCGCCAGGUGGUGCUGUGGAAACAGGAAGGGGCGAUGCAAAACUGAUUGUUUCUCUGCCACUACCGUUCCUCCUCUCGGGCCAAACCGACGUGGCCCUUGGCUUGCAAGCCACAAAACUUCGUCAACACAUCCUCAGCAGCAGCAGCAGCAGGAACACUGACCAGCAUCACUGGCUUGGCGAUAUCGCAUACUCGCUAGCGACCACACGUAGCCACUUCCGACGAAGGCUGGUGUUGAUUGCCCAAGAUGAGGCGGAGCUGCUCGACAAGCUGUCCUCGGCGGCACGCCCGGGCGCUGACCGGUUGCCAGAUGGCGACCGUGUCAAAGAUCCUCGCUUGGCGAUGCUCUUCACUGGCCAGGGAAGCCAGUGGCUGGGGAUGGGUAGGGAUCUAUGCGACGCUUAUCCCACGUUCCGUGAUGCCCUCACCGAGAUAGUGGCCGGGUUUAGGGAGCUCGAGCCGCCGCUUCUCGAUGUCAUGUGGGCGGAGUCCGGCACCGCCGCAGCUGCUCUCUUUCACCGCACUGAUUUUGCCCAACCUGCUCUUUUUGCUCUCGAGGUGGCUCUGUGGCGGCUCUGGCAGGGCUGGGGGGUAAGACCCGAGUUCGUUUACGGUCACAGCGUGGGCGAAAUCGCGGCGGCGCACGUCGCCGGCGUCAUGGACCUGCCCGAUGCCUGCCGGCUCGUUGCGGCCCGUGGACGGCUGAUGCAAGCAAUGCCGGAUGGCGGAAAGAUGGCCUCACUUGAGGCUACUCCCCUUGAGGCUGCCACGGCGAUCGAUGAGCUUGGCCACGGCGGUGAGGCCGAAAUUGCUGGCUACAACACGCCAACACAGACUGUCAUAUCCGGUGAUGCCCACGCCGUGGAGAGCAUAGCAACCCAUCUCUCUCAGCAGGGCCGCAAGGUCAAGAUGCUCCAUGUCAGCCAUGCGUUCCACUCACACCACAUGGACGGUAUGCUUGCGGCCCUCCGCGCAGUGGCGGAGGACAUCCGAUUCAUGCCAGCCGAGGUAGGCGUCAUGAGCAGCCUCACUGGAAGACUGGCGGAACCUGGCCAGCUCCAGCAGGCUGACUAUUGGGUCCGGCAAGCACGAGAAGCUGUCCGCUUCAGCGACGGCGUCCGAGCGCUGGCUUGCGAAGGAGUGGACGUCUUCCUCGAGUUGGGACCUCAGCCGGUGCUCUGCAGCAUGGGAGCAAUGUGUAUCUUGGAAGAAUGUACGACAGAUGCUCCGAUCUGGUUGCCGUCUCUGGCUCCGGGCAGGAAAGUCGGCUCCGUUGUGCAGCGCAGCCUCGCCGAUUUGCACGUACGUGGCCUACCUGUCGACUGGCCUGCCUAUUUCAAGCCGCUUGGCUGCCGACGCGUUGAAUUGCCAACAUACGCCUUCCAACGAGACGGUCUCCCUCGGCUCAACCCACGGCCAGCCGCGUGGCAGACACAGACCGGCAGCGCUAUAGCAGAUUGCGACGGCACCAAUGGGUACCAUACAACUGACCGCUGCCAGUUUGAACUUGAGUGGCAGCCAGUCGACACGGAAACGUGCGACAAGGCCCCAUGUGGCGGGACCUGGGGUCUGGCGCUCCCGGCCGGGGGCGUUGCUUGGGCGGGACGAGUGACGGCGGCUCUAUCACGGCUCGGCACCCAACUAGUUCAAGUCGAGGAUAUCGAAGACGCCCAAGGACUAGAUGGCCUCCUGUGUCUGUGGGACUCCAGCGGAGAGGAAGUUGUACGCCAGGCACACGACCUCGCUGAAAAGGGCCUUGAGCAGCUACAGAGAGUAGCAGAGACUCGAAAAUCCACGCCUCUGCCGCUUGUGUGGGUCACAUGCGGUGCCGUCGGAGCCGGCGCCGGAGUCGAUGGCGGGGUUACCGGCCUCGGAGCGGCGCCGUUGUGGGGCCUCAUCCGUGCCGCCAGGAGUGAGCACCCAGAACUGCAUCUGCGUCUUGUUGACAUGGGCGAAGAAGCGGGAGCGGCCGCGCUCGCAACGGCCCUGACGCGGAGCUCGGAGCUGGAGUGCGCUGUGCGCCUGGAUCGGGUACUUGUGCCGCGACUGCGGCGUAUCACCAGCCCCACGCCGACGCCCCCGGCCAAGGCGCGACUCCUCCGACCGGACGGCGUUGUUCUCAUUACGGGGGGCCUUGGAGAUCUCGGAGCACGUGUGGCACGGUGGUUGGCAGAAGUUCACGGCGUCCGCGAUCUGGUGCUGACCUCGCGCCGAGGCAAAGAUUCACCCGGCGCGAAGGCGUUGGUUGCCGAACUCGCUGGGCUAGGCGCGAGGGCUGUGGUCCUGGCCAGUAACGUGGCUGACCGAGACAGUGUCAGAUCAGUUAUGGCAACCUUGGACGACAUGAAUAGGCCACUGCGUGGCGUGGUGCACGCGGCCGGCGUGGUGGACUCAGGUGUCCUCUCCACGUUGACACCGGAGCAGUUCGCCACGACCUUUGCACCCAAGAUCAGCGGCGCCUGGCAUCUUCAUGAGCUAACUAGAAAGAUGGACAUGGACCUAUUCAUGAUGUUCUCCUCCGUCUCCGGUGUCGUUGGCAUGCCCGGCCUCGCCAACUACGCUGCAGCCAACACGUUUCUUGAUGCGCUGGCGAGCAUGCGCCGUGCCCAGCACUUGCCGGCCUCUUCGGUGGCCUACGGCACUUGGCAGGGUGAGGGCAUGAUUACCACUCUUGCUGGAAAUACUCGCACUCACCUCGCCCGUUUCGGUCUCCGUCCUCUCGCGCCUGAUGUGGGACUGGAGCUGCUAGAUCAAGCCGUACGCAGCGGUCGUGCGCUUACCGUGGCUGCCGCACUUGAUUUCGAACAGCUCCGCGGCUACUACGAGGAUUGCGGCAGCAUACCGCCGCUGCUUUCCCUGGUGUUAGGGCGACGCAGUACGCGGGCUCAUCAACAUCACGACCUUCGCGAAGCGCUGAAGAACGCCAACCCUGAGCAACACGCAAGCAUUGUUCUGUCCAUGGUCCGAGAAACGGUAGCCAAGAUGCUGGGGUUUGCGCGGCCCGAGGAUGUUGAUGUUAGCCAGCCAUUACAGAACAUCGGAAUCGACUCGUUAACAGCGGUUCUAAUUCGCAACCACCUGGCGGCUCUGACGGGCAUGACGCUGUCCGCUAACAUCGCCUUGCUGCACCCUAAUUUGAAGGCUCUGAGCCAGGCCCUGCUAUCUCAAAUGAAGGGUUUCUUGGCCGAGACAGCGCUCGAGGCAUCGGCAUCGGGAGGUGCAACCCCUGAUACUAUGAUGGUCAACUCUCUUCGCCCCGACAUGACAGCGGUCCGUCAGGGAUACCUAGACCCAAGCUUAACAUUCAACAAUACAGCCCCUGGCUCCACGCCAUGCAACGACAAGCCCGGGGCUGUCUUCGUCACGGGAGGCACAGGAUUUGUUGGCGCCUUCAUCGUGCACGAGCUGCUAAAACAGAGAAUUGCUGUGUACUGCCUCGUCCGAGGGGAGUGCGAGGGCCAGGCACGGCGGCGAUUGGUGGACACGCUCGACCUAUACGGUCUAUGGAGGCCCGACUACGCCUCGCUGCUUCAUGCCGUACUUGGAGACCUAGCCCAGCCCCUGUUCGGCCUGGCCGCAGAUGGGUUUGAGGAUUUGGCCGAUCGAGUCGAUUCCAUCUGCCACUCGGGCGCCCUCGUGGACUGGAUGCGCCCACUAGAAGAUUACAUUGGCCCCAAUGUUGUCAGUACUCAUGAGGUCCUGCGGCUCGCGUCCCAUGGCCGCAGCAAGGCCGUUCACCUCAUAUCCACCGUCUCUAGCCUUCCCAAGUAUGCAGGCUAUCAACUCACCGAGGAAGACCGGGAAUACGGCUACGGUACCUCUAAAUAUAUGGCGGAGCGUAUGCUGGCGGCAGCUCGUUGGCGCGGCGCUAGGGCGUCGAUCUACCGCUUGCCCUUCGUCACCUCAUCGGCAGCCACCGGCCACUUCCGGCGCGAUCGCGGCGAUUUCUUGCACAACUUGAUUGCUGGCAGCUUAGAGUUGGGCGCCUUCCCGCACUUAGACGGCGAUCUAUCCGCCGUGCUACCUGUUGACUACCUGAGCAAGACGGUUGUUACCGUGAUGACCAAGGAUCUAAAAUGGAUCGGCAAAGAUUUCGACUUUCUCAAUAGGCAUGCGCCGAGCUUCGACGCCUUCUUUACGCUACUGGGCCAGGCCAACGGCACCAAGAUAUUGCGCUUUAGCACGUGGAAGCAGUUGGCAUCAGACUACGCUGCCGCGCAUCCGACGAGUUCAAUAGCUCGUAUUACCGCUGCAUUUGACGGGUAUACUGACGAAACCGCUGCCACUAUGAUCCAGGCCUUGCCCAUCGGAGAGCACGUCUUCGGUGGGGACAACUAUCCUGUGCCUUCGGUUGACGAGCAGUCCGUCCGGAGGUAUCUGAAACGCAUUGAUGGUGUUCAGGCGAGAUGAUCGAUCGAGCUAGCAGGUAAAUCUACUGUCGUCGGCAACGUGGAGUUUGGAAAGUCUUCAAAUACUGCCAGCCCCGUUGCUCCUCAUGUUGAAUGCUCGAGGGGCCAGAGUGGCACUGUCAGGGAAGAUGCAAGUCGGGUUGAAGGAAACACUCGGUGUAGUCCGUGCCCAGAAUAUGCGAAGCGACACGUUUCUAUGAGGACAUGUCUAAAAGUAGUAGAGCUCCGUCGAAAACCUUGAUCCAAGAAUAACAGACAAAGCAGCAGCA